GUAACUAGAGGUGAAAAGGUGAAACUACAGCAGGCAUGGUAGAAAUCCAGAGGACAGUUGGUGACUACUACGAUGAAAAUCAUGUUCCAACAAACUGGACACAUCCUAAAGAAAGGGACCGAUUCCUAGACAUUUACAAAUUACCAAAACUAAACCAACAAGACAUAAAAAUAUUGAACUACCCAAUAACAAGCAAUGAAACUGAGGCAAUGAAACCCCACCAUUUUCUGUUGGACACUUACUUAGCGUUCAGCAAACAAUUCACAUUUGAAUUCUAAAUGGGAAAUGGGAAAGACAAGGGCCAGUCUUUGACUGUCUGCGGGUAUCUGUCUCUGCCCAGAAUUCAGCCUGUAGACAGGAGAGGAACUGCACCCUGGAUGGCUACAUAGGGUGUGAAGAGGCCCCAGAUUGAAGUUUUCUGGGUUCUCAUGUUCCCCUGACUCACUACUGAGCAUUGAACCACCCUGGGCUUGCAUGGGCACAGUGACUGUUAUGCAACCUCAGGAAUGUGUUUAACCUUCGGAGUGUGAGUUCCUUUGGGAACUGCAGUGAAGCAGGCUUCUUCCUUGACCUGCUUCUCUUUUGUUUUGCAGCAAGUUAUCUGUAUAAAAUAAAAUUUACUUCAAGAACUUAUUUUCAUGAUUUAAUGAUUUGCUUAGUUAAAAACAGAGUGGAAAAUUGAUAGCAUCUGAAAAAGCAAAGGAAAUUUUAGAAGUAAAUGAUCUGUUUUACAUUUGCCAUAAAUGUAAAUAAAGAUCCACAGAAUCAUGAUUUGGGUGAACAAGCCAGCUAUGGUUACUUCCAGUGCAUCUUUCUGACUUCAUCUCAAUGCACCCAAAACUGGCCACAGGAUAGAUUUUUUUGACAGCUCUUUGUAUCUUAACAGUCUCAUCCAAACCUCAGCACAUUUUUGUUGAAUCAGUGCUAGACCAGUGUAUCAUUUUUGCAUAAUUUUGUUUUAAAUCUAUGUUUUUAUCCUCAUCAGUGUCAGCAUAAUAAGCACUCCUCUUCAGAUAGGGAUAGCACACCAGAUAUCUAGACAUUGAUCAGCUCUGAUAUAUGUCCUCUUUCUGUCUUUUUGAUCUGUUCUCCUAAUCACCAGCAUGUAUUCUGACCAUGGCUUGCUGGGUGUCUGAAGGUCUCAUAUUUGCAACUGUGCUGCUUUCUAUCUUGCUGCCCAAUCUGUGAAUUAUGUUUCACCUUUCUAUAUUUGUAGACAAAUAUAUAAAUAUGUACAGUCCUAAUAGUAAUUUACUAUUUAAAUGUUUUACAAUAAAUUUUACUUUGAAAAUUUUACAUUUAACAACAAUAGCAAUUAAAUAUCCUGGGAAUACUCAGCAAGUUUCAUAACUGGCCCUUGGGCAGUGGAUGAAAGUAUCCAGGUAACACCCAUGUGACUCAUCUCUUUCUUCCCUUUUUGAUGACCACUUUCCUACCUUGGCGACUUUUCUUAAGUUUACUGUGUGUCAUUUUCUACAGUGUUCUUUUAUUUUCCCACCCCUUGAAAUUUUCAACAAGUAUUAUGGAAAUUACACAGAGAAACAUUUUUUUGUUUUGUUUUUUUGUCUUGUUAUUCACAAGUGCUGGUAUGUGAGUCAGGGGCAAGGUACUUACCCAUCCAUUCCAUUGCUCAGGUAGUUCAGAAUUUUUCAAUUUUACUUUUUAUUUUUGUGAAGAGAAUCACAUCUGUCUCCAGGAACAAUAGCACAACAUACUGUCUAGACAUUGAAAUAAAGUCAUUCCUCUGUAGGUUUUGGUAAACUCCAUAGUACAGAAAAUGAAUGUGGAACGUAUCAACUGAUCUUCCAUUCUUGCAUAAAUCUACUUAUUUAUUGCAUUCUUCCACACUUCCAUUGUCUGGCAGUUUCCUCAACCAAGGUUGUGGAUCUUGUUUUAUAUUUGGUGUUUUCUCUUAGUUUAGAUAUGUUUUCAUCAUAUUUAAGAUUUGUAUUCAUUGAUUUUUACACUGUACACAAAAUCUUUAUAUUGUAUACACUGCAUUGUUGUCUUAUUUACCUCCCAAGGCUUUUAUAGAUUUUAAUUUCUCUAAUUCUGACAGCUUCUUGAUUUCUUCUGAGGAAACAUUCUUUUCAUAUCUAAAAGGUAUUUCCCUAUGAAUUCUCAAGGUGUUCACGUUUAUAUUUCCCAUUUUAAUAUGUAACUUAAUUAUUGUUCAUAGAAGACUAUACAGCAUAUACAGAUUUCAUAGUAGUUACCUGUUUCUCCCUGAUCAUAUAUGAAACAGAUUGUGACUUCUUCCAGGGUUGUACAAUACCAACUAUCUCCUGAAGCAAUAUCCUAUUUACACGUGGACCCAUUGAAGAUUGUCAUCUUUCCUGUGAUUCACUUGUCAUUCUGUCUCAUAAUACUAUAAUGUCCUGAAUAGUGGAUUUUGAAUGUCUUACGUAUAUUACACAAGCUGUCACCUUCCUAUUUACAAGGAGGCAGUGUCCUUUGAGGAUGUGACUGUGACCUUCACCAUAGAGGAGUGGGUUUUGUUGAAUCCAUCCCAAAAGAAGCUCUACAGAGAUGUAAUGUGGGAAACCUUUAGAAACAUGGCUGCUAUAGGAAGAAACUGGAUGAACCAGCAAAUUAAAGAGUACAAAAAUUUUUGGAGCGAUCUAAGAAGUGAAGAGGUAGAAAAAUACUAUGAAUAUAAAGAUUGGAAUCAACAUGAAGAAAUAUUCCUUUGGACUUCAGAUACUAAAGUGAACAUAAAAAAACCUGGUUUCAAACCAGCAGAAAGCCUUCCUUGUAGAAGGCCCUUGACUGGUCAUGUAUCACUAAAUGCACCCACCAUAGCUCACACAGGACUGAAACCAUACGAGUCUGAAAGAUUCAAAGAGAAGCUGCAUAAAUGUAAUGAACAUGGGAAAACCGUCAGUGAAUUCCAGUUCUUUCAAAAGCAUGAAAGUAUAAACCCUACAGAGAAACCAUAUGAACAUAUGCAAUGUAAGAAAACCUACUGUGAUUCCAGUGAAAGAACUCAUGCUGGGGAAAAGCCCCUUGUCUGUAAGAAAGGUGUGAAAGCCUCCAAAACACCCAAUUAUGUUCAGAUUCCUGAAAGAAAUCACAGUGGAGUGAGUCCCCAUGUAUGUAAACAGUGUGGAAAAGCUUUUAUUUCUUUCCACUAUAUUCAAAGACAUGAAAAAACACAUACCAGAGAGAAGUCUUAUGUAUGUAAGGAAUGUGGGAAAGCAUUUGUUCAUAGUAAUUCCUUUUGCAAACAUAAAAGAAUUCACACUGGGGAGAAACCCUAUGUAUGCGAAGAGUGUGGGAAAGGAUUUAUCACACGAAGUUAUUUUCAAAGACAUGAAAGGAUACAUACUGGGGAGAAACCCUAUGUAUGUAAGCAAUGUGGGAAAGCCUUUAGUAUGCAUAGUAAUUGUCAAAUACAUGAAAGAAUUCACACUGGGGAAAAACCCUAUGUGUGUAAGCAAUGUGGGAAAGCUUUCAUUACAUCCUGGCAUUGUCAAAGACAUGAAAGGAUACAUACUGGGGAUAAACCCUAUGUAUGUAAGCAAUGUGGAAAAGCCUUCAGCAUACAUAGUAAUUGUCAAAUACAUGAAAGAAUUCACACUGGGGAAAAACCCUAUGUAUGUAAGUUGUGUGGGAAAGCUUUCACCAGACAUUAUGAUUGUCAAAUACAUGAAAGAAAUCACACUGGGGAGAAACCCUAUAUAUGUAAGCAAUGUGGGAAAGCCUUUAGUACACACAGUAAUUGUCAAAAACAUGAAAGAAGGCAUACUGGGGAGAAACCUUAUGUAUGUAAGCAGUGUGGGAAAGCAUUCAGUACACAUAGUCAUUGUCAGAAACAUGAGCAAAAUCAGACUCGUGAGAAAACCUAUAGAUGUAAGCAAUGUGAGAAAACCUUCUGUUCUAAGUGUUUACUGUGUGAACAUAAAAAAUUUCACACUGCAGAGAAACCGUAUGUAUGUAAGCAAUGUGGGAAAGCCUUUAGCAGACAUUAUGAUUGUCAAAUACAUGAAAGAAGUCACACUGGAGAAAAACCCUAUGUAUGUAAGCAGUGUGGGAAAGCUUUUACCACACAAGGUCAUUGUCAAAGGCAUGAAAGAACUCACACUGGGGAGAAACCUUAUAUAUGUAAGCAAUGUGGAAAAGCCUUCAGCAGACAAGGUACUUGUCAAAUACAUGAAAGGAUUCACACUGGGGAGAAACCUUAUGUAUGUAAGCAGUGUGGAAAAGCUUUCAGCAGGCAUAGUGAUUGUCAAAUACAUAAAAGAACUCACACUGGGGAGAAACCCUAUGUAUGUAAGCAAUGUGGGAAAGCAUUUGCUGAUAACAGUUCAUUUUAUAGACAUAAAAGAACUCACACUGGGGAGAAACCUUAUGCAUGUAAGCAGUGUGAGAAAGCAUUCAGUACACGCAGUGAUUGUCAAAUUCAUGAAAGAAGUCACAAAGGGGAAAAACCCUAUGUAUGUAAGCAAUGUGGGAAAGCAUUCAGUACAAACAAGUAUUGUCAAAUACAUGAAAGAGGUCACACUGGGGAGAAAUUGUAUGUAUCCAAGCCUAUUUUGAAAAUUCUGUAAAAUUUUCUCGUAGUAGAGACUUGUAGAAAUAAGUAAUAUAAAAUGUUUGAUGUCAGUUAUAUCAUUGUAGUUUUGCUCACUUUUUCUUUCACACCAGUGCCAUUAGUAUAUGCAUAAAAUUUUAUGUUUUAACCUUCCAAA